AUGUCGUCUUCAUAUCAUGGCGCGACUCUUCCCGAAGAGAUAUUGUCCCUGAUCUGUCAGGAGCUUGGAAAGGAUGGAGAGUUUGGAUCUCUUUACCGAUGCGCGCUGAGCUCCAGAUCAUUCGCGGAUCCGGCAUUACGGACAAUGUACCAGCUGCACCAACAUUCGCCGGUCUUUGAGCAGAGAGACGAAGUGGACGUCCGCCAACGACCCAUGAACUACGCCACCAAAGCUGCCGAACAGGCUCAAUUUUACCGGAAAUGGACCCUGUUAUGGCGGUCCAUCGUCUUGUCGAGUCUCGAUAAUGGGAAUACCUACAAGCCGUACUGUCGCUACAUCAAGACUCUGGACUUCCGCAACCUCUCGGCCAUGUUGGAAGACCCCAAGUUCACCGGCAAUGUACGCAAGGCCUUCUUCGCCGACGGACUGCAAGAAUUCCACUUCCCAAAGAGGGAAUAUAACAGGCAAGGUAUCGAUGUCGUGGCCACCGUCAAUGCCAUUGGAGAAGCAGUCACGGCGAAGACGACGUUACUGGAAGAAAUCGAUGGGCAUAUCAGCCCAGGUUUCUUGCCUAGAUGGAUUGCUCGAUCGCCAAAACUCGAGACAAUGGUGCUUUGGAAGGGCGAUGCUCUGGCGAACGGUGCCGGGGCCACGAUCGCAGAGCACUGCGAGAAAUUCCAGAAUCUGACCAUCCAUGAGUGGCUGUCUCCCGACGCCGACGAAGCUUUUGCAACAUUCCUGGACCAAUUGAAACCACAUACACUCAGCUAUUUCGAGAUGAUCAGCUACAACAACCUGGGCAAACGCUCGUUUGAAGCUUUGGGCCGUCACAAGACGUUGCGACAGCUCGAUCUAGGCAAUCUGAACCAAGAGGCCAUGCAGAACUUGAACGCGCUCAAGGACUGUACUGAGAUCCACACGCUUAAAUUGGAUGACAACUUUGGCACGGUGCAACUGGAGACGCUUAACAACGAUGUCUUUCUCGAGGUGGUGGAAUGGUUGAGUUCCUGUACGAACCUCCGCGAUCUCAGUCUAAAGAAGUUUGUCGACGGACCGGCCAUCCUCUCGCGGGUCUUGUACUCGCCCAAGGUCAAGUUGACGAAGCUAUUUCUCGAAGGUUACACGGUGCGACAUACCAGCGCGCAGUUGUUUCACAGCUCACUGGCCGAGCAAAAGGCGUUGGAGUCGGUCUGGCUGAAAGGAAACGGCGAAGACACCACUCCAGACGACCUCCAGAUCAUGGUGGAAGGACUGUGCAACCUGACGAAUCUGAAAGAGCUUGUACUGAAAGAUGUGUCGGACGAAUUCUCUGAGGACCACAUUGUCGCGCUUGCGCUGAAUCUUCCGCUACUCGAAGAUUUCUGGACGAGCGGUGGGGAGGUGUCGGCCCAGAUACUGCCCGCUCUUGCGAACUUGAAACAUCUCAAGAAUCUGACGCUGUAUGCGAUGACGCAAUUCACCUCGGAUGAAAUCUUGGACUUCUUGACGAGCCUUGAUCCUGACACUCAGAAAGGAUUCAACUUGUCUCUGAUGGCAGCAGAUCCUGAGUAUGACCUCGGCGAGACGGAGCAGGAGAUAAUCCGUGAAUAUAUCCGGACCAACCUUGACGGACGUUUUGAUUUUGUGUUGUGGCGAGAAGCCGACCCGAGCGACAGCGAAGACGAUUGA